CUGCAGCUGGGCUCUUGUAGCUGCUGAAAUGGAUCAUUUUAUAGCAAAAGGUCAGAAGGCCGAGGGCUCUUCCCUGUGGAACACCAGAGGUGAUUGUGUCUGUUUUACAGCCUGGAGCAUGAACUCCUGCUGUGGUUGAGGUCAUGGUAGACUAGAUGUGGGCUCAUAUUGUAAACAUUACCCUGUAAUCUGUUUAUAUUUUAGAUUUUUACAUUUUAGACUGAUCUGACUGCUCGGAUUACCUCUAAUCCGAGUCCCGGUGGUUUCAGAUUAAUCCGGAGGCCUUGAGGUGAAACUGCUGCUUCCUGUUUCCACUGAUGGAUUUUAAUCAAUCACUUUGUAGUUCUAAUCAUCUUAAUAAUGAGUUCUGGGUUUUACCGACUAAAGGGGAUGUAAAGGCUGUUUUAUUGCUGAACCACAGGUGGAUUGUUUCCACCUGAGGUCAAAGCUUCUCUGCAAAAAGCUGAUUCUGCAGAUUCUGGAACAUUAAAGACGUUUUAUUACUAAACCGCCUGUUUGGUGUUGGAGGUUCUAGAUUCAUGUAGAGAACAGCUACAGCACGAUGGGGCUCAUGACCAGACACUAAACUUCUACUGACGGUUGGGUCUGGCCGGUUCCCCUGUUCUCCAGAUGUUGCUCCUCACAGAUGUGCAUGUGUAGCUGCUUCUCAGCUUAACAGGAUUCAUUAAAACGGUUUCCCAGUUAAUCCCAGUGUAAGCAGUCACACGGGACCAGCAGGGAUUCAAACCCGCACCUCUCUGGUGACACAAAGAGAACCAAGGACAGAAUUAGUCUCUGUCAGGCGGCGCUGACUGGUCCCUGUCGGGAGGCUGGACGUGUCUCUGUGUCCCUGUCACCGCUGACUAAAGGAGAUGGAUCGCGUCUCGUCGCUCCUGUCGCUCCAGACAGCAGGAGAUGCUUCCUGCUUCCCAGCAGUCCAGAAUAAUGGAGUCGCCAGUCCCGUCCUGGUGGGAAUCCUGGUUCCUGAGUGGGAAAAGAGUCGGGAAUUUAGGCUCUCAUCAAAGGAGAAGUUGACAUCAAAAGUACAAUCUGGCUCUGGAUCGUGGCGUAAAAGCACCUGGACCAGAGCUGGGCUCAGGUUCUACAGCCUCCUGUUGGACCAGUUCUGAACCAGAACCAGGAGACGGCAGCACUCCCGGUUCUCACCGGGGUGAGGAAGGACAGGUGUGAACACCAUUUGUUCUGUUGGACCGAGCUGCUGGCUGCCUGAGGUCACCCUCACGGGUUCUGGUGCUGAUCGGCAGGGCUCUACGGAAGCCCAAAGCACCCAAAUAGUUAAAAAGCAGGUAGAAAUGUUUGGUUCUGGUCCACUGGGUUUAUUUGUGUUUAUUAGUAACGUCUUUGUGGUUCUGAUGGGAGGUGUUGGACUUGAUUCAUCACAUGUGGUUCCUGCAAGCUUAAGCCCCGCCUUCUAGUGGCUGGUUCCGAUGUUUUAAGCCCCGCCCCUUGCUUCUCUGUUUAUGUUUGCCUAAAAGCAGCUGUGUGAGUUCAGCUGGACUCUCAGAACCAGACCCAGUAGGACCAGCAGGGUUCUGUCCCCCCCUGCAGUCCGCGUGGACCUCCCUGCUGCCCAUCAGAACCUGAUCUGGUUCCUCAUCAGAUCCUGGGUGGGUCCAGGUUCUCACUUUCCCCCCCGUGUCCUGCGGGGACCCUCCCCCUCACACACGCCCUCUCCAGGAGCAGACCGAGUCCUCUCAGAGCAGACCAGGACCGAGGACCUGCAGGCUUGCCUCUGCCCCACCAUGCUGGACACCCUGACCUUCCUCCUGGAGCGCCUCUUCCUCCUGGCCCACAUCAAGCUGUCCAGUCUGACGCCCCCCCCUCCGGCCACCGAACCGCCGCUGCCCCUCCGGGACGAGCCGUCCUGCCGCCGGUUCCAGCGGGGAGACCUGCUGGAGGUCCCGCGGACCCUCUUCACCCACUGCAUCUACCUGGGGGAGGACCGGGUGGCGCACCUGAUCCCGGACAUCCUGACGGUUCUGACGGCGGACCGGCUGCAGAUCCAGCAGACGGUGACCAACAGCCGGCUGCUGCUGGGGGUUCUGACCAAACGGGCCAGCAUCCGGGUGGACUCGGUGGAGGACUUCGCCUAUGGAGCCGGGAUCGUGCUGACAACCAGGAUGGACCGGGAGGCGGUUCGGAGCCCGCUGCCCGGGGAGGAGGUGGCCCAGCGGGCGGAGCUGCUGCUGGGGAGCAUCUCCUACAGCCUGCUGUGGAACAACUGUGAGCACUUCGUCACCUACUGCCGGUACGGAACCGGCACGAGCCUGCAGACCGAGCAGUUCUGUGAAUGGAUGAAGUCUCUGGUCCGAGACCAGAGGACCGUGGUCCUGACGGCGCUGCUGGGCCUCCUGGCCAUGGCGUGUUGGGGAGUGUCCUCCGGCACCGCCCUGCCCGCCCUGCUGGUCCCCUUCACUCUGUGGAUGGCCAGCUAAGACCCACCUUCAGUCCCUGAACCCACCAGAACCUUCAGCGGGGAAACAGGUCCAGACCCACUUGUUCUGUGGAGACUCAUGCAGCUCUAGAACCACUGAGCAACCUCACACGGUGCUUUCAGAGACUUCUAACAGCGAACCCCGUCAGCCUCCUGAACAGCCUCUGUGCAGAGAAGUAGCAUACGUUAUGACUGAUGAGCUAAGCUAGCUAUUAGCUCGGACACGUUAUUAGCUCAGAUUAGCUAUUAGCUCGGACACGUUAUUAGCUCAGAUUAGCUAUUAGCUCGGACACGUUACUAGCUCAGAUUAGCUAUUAGCUCGGACACGUACUAGCUCAGAUUAGCUAUUAGCUCGGACACGUUAUUAGCUCAGAUUAGCUAUUAGCUCGGACACGUUACUAGCUCAGAUUAGCUAUUAGCUCGGACACGUUAUUAGCUCAGAUUAGCUAUUAGCUCGGACACGUUAUUAGCUCAGAUUAGCUAUUAGCUCAGACUGCCUGAUCUUAGGGUGCCACUCAAUGUGAAGGAACCUCGCUUGCCCUUGUAAGGCGCCUUGCUUACGAGGACCAACGGUCCUUCCUUGGUCAAGAAAAACGGUUAAAUGGAACAGACUUGCCUCAUGUCACCGCGGCUUCGUGUCACAAGUCACGUUAGCUAACGUUAUACUUUAUCCAUAUAAGUUUCAAUAUAAAUGUAUAACGAGUCUUUUUCCUUUUUGAACAUCUUAGGUGUGUUCUUACUGUGUCGUGGUUCUAAUUCCAUGCUUUCGUUCUUUUUUAAACACUGAAACAGUUUUGUUUACCUGUUUUGUAGCUACAAACAGGUAAACAAAACUGUUUCUGUGUUUAAAAAAGAACGAAAGCAUGGAAUUAGAGUCUUUUUCCUGUAAUCUGUUGGUUAAAUUAAAUAUGUAAGUGAGUUAGUACCCAAGCUGCGACUAACCAACAGUAAAUAACUGCUCUGGAUUUAGAUGUAUUUCAGAAAUCAGCCCAGCAGCUACAAGAUGACUUGCAUUUAAACUGGAAAUUAUCCCCCAAAGUAGCUGCCGGCCCCCAAUCCACCAUCCUUAGAAAAUACCGCACUGCAUUCUGGGAACUUUUGGACCAAGAGAAGGCAGCAAGGCACCUCGCAUGUAUCCUCGCUCAGCUAGCUAAACAGCUAACAAACGGAGAACAGACACCUUGGUAGCACAAAAACGUCGGAACACGCCUUGGCGGGUUCCUGAUGGUGUAUCUCCUAGGCAACCGGGGUGGGACCAAGACAUCAAGGCGAGGUUCCUUGACAUUAAGAAACACCCUUAGACUGACGCUAGCUCCAACUAGCCUUUAGCUCAUCAGUGGCAGCAGUCCAGAACAGGAAGGUAGGACUAAAUAUCAGUUCACACGCUGAUUUGUGUUGUUUCAUCACUUCCUGUUAUAGUUCUCACAUUUCCUGUCGUUGAACACAAAUUCUUCAGUAGAACUCAGGAGACCCAUUGUGGCCAACGACUUUCACAUAUCAGCCAAUCGGUUGCAACAAGCGUCUUAAAAGAGGCGGAGCUAAAUGUUGGAGCCAGGUGAAAGGGGGAGGGCUUCAUGAGUCACAGUUCAAUCUUCUCUAUUGACUUCAUUAUCACAUUAGAUCAGCUGCUGAGGUUGGUAUGACGUCACCAGGCUGACGGCGUCUCGGCUGUCCAACAGGAAGUGAGACGUUCUCCAGCUGUUUGCCUCUGGGCCGGAACCGGGACGAAGCGCCUCUGUACAUACCUGUAGAUGUCCUCCUGCACCGGGCUGUUCUCCAGCAGCUCCACGCUUUUGUCAAGAGUCUAUUUUUACAGCGAGUUAACUCUUUAUGUUCUGUUGUUGUGUAAAUAAUAAACAAGAUGAAGGAAGUUGUUGUUGUUUCUUCGUCAGACGCACAAACACGGAUGUUGUUAUCACAGCUGCUGUUUGACUCCACGUGGAAAUAAAACAAUCCUGAAUAUUCUGA